AUGCGCGCUCUACAAGUAGAUGCCGAACUGUCUCCCUUGGUGCAUCGCCGCCUUUCUCUGGUAUCUUCGGGAUCAGACCACGCAGGCGACGAAUUAGAUCAGCCAGAAAAUACCAUCCUACGCACGGAAUACAGCGCGACGACAAACCGAAUGCUACGGGUGGCUGUGAAUGGCUUUAUGGAAUCCCUGGGCGUUGUCCUGCACGUUAUGGAGGAACUCGAUGUCGGAACUCCCCAGCAAUAG